GGCAGCAGUGUGUCUGAUUCUCUUCAGCAUUAUCAAAUUACCGAUUGGCCUCUCUCUCAUCUCAUUCACAACCCAUGCUUGGAUAAUUUUGCACUCUACAGAGGGGCAUAACAGUCAUGAUAUAGUGCUAAUGCAGGAGACAGAUCAAUAUCAUGCAUCUUUUCUCUUUAUAGUUGCUUAGCCUAUAUGAAAUGAAGUUUUGAGCACAUCUCACCUCCCUUAUAUUUUGGUAGCAAAGAAGAGAAGUAGAUAAGUAUUGAGGGAUAGAGAGAAUGGAAGAACAGAUUGAUACAUUGGGAAAGUCAUUUGUUGAUCAUUACUACCAUCUCUUUGAUAGUGAUAGACCCUCUCUCUCGUCUCUAUAUCAAACAACGUCCAUGCUCACCUUUGAAGGCCAGAAGAUAUUUGGGGUUGAUGAUAUCUCUACUAAGCUUAACCAGUUACCUUUUGAUCAAUGCCGACAUUUGAUCAGCACCAUUGAUUCUCAGCCUUGUACCUCUACUGGUGGCAUAGUCAUCUUUGUCAGUGGCAGCCUCCAAUUGGCAGGAGAGGAGCACCACUUAAGAUUUAGCCAGAUGUUCCACCUGACGCCCACACAAGAAGGAAACUUCUUUGUGCAGAAUGACAUAUUUCGCCUCAAUUACGGUUGAUUUGUUCUUCUUCAAAUUGA